AUCCCCAGUUGCCUAGAAAUUUACCAAGGCAUCACACUAAACUCCAACAAGGUGGAGCACAACACAGCACACUAGCUCAAUAGUAGUGUGAUGUAGCUCAGUAGGCUUGUUGUAUCACAAGAGCAGAGGCAGAGAGAGAGAGAAAAAAGAAACAUUGGACGCCAGGGAGCAGAGGAGGAGUGUGAGUGUGGUGUUCGUGUGCCAGACACUGCCAGUGCAGCUGCUACUGCGAGCUGAGGCGAGAAAAGGAUGGAUGUGGAGUCGAGGCAAGGUUCCAAAGGGGACGCCAUGGCUGCUGCUGCUGCUGCUGUCUCUGUUGACUGGAGGGGAAGAACCUGCGACCCCGUCAAGCACGGCGGCAUGAAAGCCGCGGUCUUCGUCCUAGGGAUCCAGGCGUUUGAGAUGAUGGCGAUUGCGGCGGUGGGGAACAACCUGAUCACGUACGUGUUCGGGGAGAUGCACUUCCCGCUGUCGGAGGCGGCCAACAUCGUGACCAACUUCAUCGGCACCGUCUUCCUCCUCUCCCUCCUCGGCGGAUUCCUCUCCGACUCCUACCUCGGCAGCUUCUGGACCAUGCUCAUCUUUGGAUUCGUAGAGCUCUCGGGUUUCAUCCUGCUGGCGGUUCAGGCGCACCUGCCGCAGCUCCGUCCGCCGCCGUGCGACAUGAUGGCGGCGGCGGGGCAGGCGUGCGAGCAGGCGAGCGGCCUGAAGGCCGGCAUCUUCUUCGCGGCGCUCUACCUGGUGGCGCUGGGCAGCGGCUGCCUCAAGCCCAACAUCAUCGCGCACGGCGCCGACCAGUUCCGGCGUGGCAGCGCCGGGGACGCCCGCCGGCUGUCCAGCUACUUCAACGCGGCCUACUUCAGCUUCUGCGUGGGCGAGCUGGUGGCGCUCACCGUGCUCGUCUGGGUGCAGACCCGCUCCGGGAUGGACGUCGGCUUCGGGGUCUCCGCCGCCGCCAUGGCCAUCGGCCUGCUCUCCCUCGUCGCCGGCGUCGCCUUCUACCGCAACAAGCCACCGCAGGGCAGCAUCUUCACUCCCAUAGCUAAGGUAUGUACGUGCCAAAUAUAUAACAGAACUACUAGUACAGAAUAUUCGAAGUUUUAUUUCUUGUGAAGUUUUUUUUUUGCUAAUAAUCAAGUGUCUCAAAUCUUGGAUUAUUCCAAAUCAAGGUUCUUGGACAAGGCCUGCGUGAAGGCGCCGGACAGCACCGGCGGGUCGUCGGCGGGGACGAAGGAGAGCCCGUGGCGUCUGUGCACGCCGGCGGAGGUGGAGCAGGUGAAGCUGCUGCUGUGCGUGGUGCCCAUCUUCGCGUGCACCAUCGUGUUCAACACCAUUCUGGCGCAGCUGCAGACCUUCUCCGUGCAGCAGGGCAGCGCCAUGGACACCCGGCUCGCCGCCUCCGGCUUCCACGUCCCGCCGGCGUCGCUGCAGGCGAUCCCCUACAUCAUGCUCGUGGCGCUCGUCCCGGCGUACGAGGCCGCCUUCGUCCCCGCCAUGCGCCGCCUCACGGGCGUCGCCACGGGGAUCACCCCGCUCCAGCGCAUCGGCGUCGGCCUCUUCGCCGUCACCUUCUCCAUGGUCGCCGCCGCGCUCGUCGAGGCCCGGCGCCGCCACGCCGCGGACGGCGGACGGCUCCUCUCCAUCUUCUGGAUAGCGCCGCAGUUCCUGGUGUUCGGGCUCUCGGAGAUGUUCACCGCCGUCGGGCUCAUCGAGUUCUUCUACAAGCAGUCGCUCGCCGGCAUGCAGGCCUUCCUGACCUCCAUGACCUACUGCUCCUACUCCUUCGGCUUCUACCUCAGCUCCGUGCUCGUGUCGCUCGUCAACAGGAUCACCAGUAGCUCCACCUCCACGGCAGGCAAUGGCGGCGGCGGCUGGCUUGCCAACAACGACCUCAACAAGGACAGGCUCGACCUCUUCUACUGGCUCCUUGCGGCGCUCAGCAUCCUCAACUUCUUCAACUAUCUCUUCUGGGCAAGGUGGUACUCCAGGAGCGUAGAGAGGGUGCAGGUCGUCGGAGUCGGAAGCGGCGGCGGUGCCGGUGAGCAGGAUGACGAGAAGGACACGCUGAAUGCUGAGACUAAUUAACAUGCAUGGGUUCAUGAAAGGAACUCCCACCGCACAAACAUCUCAGCCAAUUAAUCAGUUAACCUAGCGUACGUUAAGUGUAGUUAACCUUUUCUAUUUCUUUUUCAAAAUUAACCUUGGCGGGGCCAAGUUAAUGUUAAGCUAGGGUAGUUAUGUAAAUUCAACUCCUGCAAGGAUGCAUGAGUAGGAAGUGGUUUGGGUAGCUGAAACCUAGUCCCUUAGCUUGCACGGGUUGAGCUAAUAUUAUGUAUAUAUAUAUAUAUGUAGCUGUGUGUAAAUGCGAAUGAUCUAUUAUCUUAGUAUUUGGAUAAUAAAAGGAGUCUCGACUUGCACCUUUUGAAGAAA